CCUGCUUGGCAGGGGCGGGGCGGCGGCGGCGAUUGUCUGGCGGCCUGGGGCGGCCCCGUGGCGCCUACCCUCUGCCUGUGGGGACGGAGGAGUGCGCCAUGGCGGUGUCCGAGAGUCAGCUGAAGAAGAUGAUGUCCAAGUACAAAUACAGAGAUCUAACCGUCCGUCAAACUGUCAAUGUCAUCGCUAUGUACAAAGAUCUCAAACCUGUAUUGGAUUCGUAUGUUUUUAAUGAUGGCAGUUCCAGGGAGCUGGUGAACCUCACUGGGACAAUCCCUGUGCGCUAUCGAGGUAAUAUAUAUAACAUUCCAAUAUGCCUGUGGCUGCUGGACACUUACCCAUAUAACCCCCCUAUCUGUUUUGUUAAGCCUACUAGUUCAAUGACUAUUAAAACAGGAAAGCAUGUGGAUGCAAAUGGGAAAAUCUACCUGCCUUACCUACAUGACUGGAAACACCCACGGUCAGAGUUGCUGGAACUUAUUCAGAUCAUGAUUGUGAUAUUUGGAGAGGAGCCUCCAGUGUUCUCCCGACCUACUGUUUCUGCAUCCUACCCACCGUACACAGCAGCAGGGCCACCAAACACCUCCUACUUGCCAAGCAUGCCAAGUGGAAUCUCUGCAUAUCCAUCUGGAUACCCUCCCAACCCCAGUGGUUAUCCUGGCUGUCCUUACCCACCUGCUGGCCCAUACCCUGCCACAACAAGCUCACAGUACCCUUCCCAGCCUCCUGUGACCACUGCUGGUCCCAGCAGAGAUGGCACAAUCAGCGAGGACACUAUUCGAGCAUCUCUCAUCUCAGCAGUCAGUGACAAACUGAGAUGGCGGAUGAAGGAGGAAAUGGAUGGUGCCCAGGCAGAGCUUAAUGCCUUGAAACGGACAGAGGAAGAUCUAAAAAAAGGCCACCAGAAACUGGAAGAGAUGGUCACCCGCUUAGAUCAGGAAGUAGCUGAAGUUGAUAAAAACAUAGAACUAUUGAAAAAGAAGGAUGAAGAACUAAGUUCUGCUCUGGAGAAAAUGGAAAAUCAAUCUGAAAAUAAUGAUAUUGAUGAAGUUAUCAUUCCCACAGCCCCAUUGUAUAAACAGAUUCUAAAUCUGUAUGCAGAGGAAAAUGCUAUUGAAGACACUAUCUUUUACCUUGGAGAAGCCUUGAGGCGGGGAGUAAUAGACCUGGAUGUGUUCCUGAAGCACGUCCGCCUCCUGUCCCGUAAACAGUUCCAGCUAAGGGCACUAAUGCAAAAAGCAAGAAAGACUGCGGGCCUUAGUGACCUCUACUGACUUGUGCUAUCAGCUGGAGACCGGCCUCUUCGUAAAGCAUUCUUUUCUUCUCUUUCUUUUUCUCAUCAGUAGGAAGAACCCAGAAUAAGUUAUUGCAGUUUAUCAUUUGAGUGUUAAAUAUUUUGAAUUGAUAAUAUAUUUUCUGUUUCCUUUGGGUAAAGACUGGCUUUUAUUAAUGCACUUUCUACCCUCUGUAAGCUUCUGUGCUGUGCUGGGACUGACUGGGCUAAAUAAAAUUUGUUGCAUAAUUUUUCUCUUUCUUGGACUUGAGGAAAGAUGCACAAAAGAGCCCUGGAUUCUCAUUAAUAAACAAGGCACAAUGUUCA